GGCAGUAUUAUAGAGGAAUAUUUGAAGUAAAUAAAUACAUAAAUAUUUUGUCUUUUUUUCUUUUUGUAUGGAAAAUAGAGCUUAUAGGCUCUAUAUUAUGUACAGAAAGAGGGAAGCAAAAGGUCAAUGUAAAGCAGUUGGGUAUAGGGGUAAUGAUUUCAGGGAAGGCAGAUCAGAGAACUCGUGAGAGUUCUUAAUUUUUAUUAUCAUUAAUUUUUAUUUAAUUCAAUUGGGGGGUUUGAAAGUUUUUUUCUUAUAUAAAAUAUUAUUUUUGGUCUUUGUUGAUUUUGUGUAUCUCUGAAAGUGUGCAGAGAUUAGAGAGUAUUAGAAACAGAAGAAAGGCAGCAGUUUGCAGGUAUUAUCAGUGCUUCUUAAGGAAUUUUACAGUGCCUUGUUCGUCUUAUUCCUUUCCUCGUGAUCUUUCUUGUUCUCUUUCCUCUGCCUUUUUUCUUUUGUUUUAUAUUUCUUUUUUCUUCAAGGGGCUCCUGCAGUUAGUGUCUUUCUUGCUGCUUUGUACCUAGACAAUUCCAACAACAUUGAAACAACCCAGGGUUUUCCAGUUCCAGGAGUUUUUAUCAUAAAAAUAUUUACCACUAAAACCUGAAACAUAGGUCCUUUUUUCUUUGUUUAUCGCUAGUGAUCGUAUUAAGAGCCUUCAAAGCUUUCAAAGGAUAUACCUUUGGGGGGGGGGGUUCCCAUUUGAGGGUUUUAAAGAACAUAAGAACGAGAGUUUUUUUUAGGAGAUUGGAACAAAGAAGGAAAUGGGCAGUUGUGGGAGGAGUGGUGCAGUGAGGCAGUAUAUAAGAUCAAAGGUGCCUCGUUUGAGAUGGACACCUGAACUUCAUCAAUGUUUUGUUCAAGCUAUCGAAAGGCUUGGUGGUCAAGACAAAGCUACGCCGAAACUUGUUCUUCAACUGAUGGAUGUGAAAGGACUCACCAUUUCACAUGUGAAAAGCCACCUUCAGAUGUAUCGGAGCAUGAGAAGUGAUCUUAGCAGACAAGAUAGGAGUUCAACCCAUCAAAGAAGACAAUCUUUUGAGAAACAUGAUGGUUGUGUUGAUGAUGUAAUUGAUAUUAUGGGUUUUCACUCAACCUCAAAGCCCAUUGAAGAAUCAGAUUCUCAUUUGAUCCACUCUCCUCUUCCUUCAAAAAGAGCUAGAAUCGAGACCAAGAGUUCAAUCUCUGAUCAGAAUCUGCAAUGCAGCCAAGGAGUAUGUGAGAGAGUCUCAAAUCCGUACUUUUAUGAUGAUUAUCUGCAGACAAUGGCUGUUUAUAAAGGAAUAAAGGAAGGUAAUGGUGCUUUCAUAUGGGAACACACCCAGACUCACCCUCAGGCUCAAGGUCAAUCCACAACCUUCUCUCUGCCACAUGAUCUUUACAAUCUCAACUCCUUCAAAUAUUCAGUGGAAGAAUCUGAUUUCCUUAAGGUUUCCAAGGUAGAUGUAGAAGAUCACAAAAAUGUAGGCAAGCAUGUCGACGACCACCCUAACGCUAGGAGACAUGCAGGGAAAGACGAUGAAGUAGAAGACAAAGGUGGUGGUUGUGAAUUAUCAUUGUCACUGUCAUUGCACCAUCCAUCUUCGCAGAGCGAAAUCAGCAGCAGCAGCGAGGCAUUAUCAUUGGUGUCUGGGUCUAAUUACAAAGACUGCUCCGGCUCCUCGUGCACCCUUCGUAGUAUAAACUUGGAUCUAUCCAUUGCUCUUUGUGGCAACUGACGUUAAUUUUUUAAAUUCUCUUUUCAGGCAUAUAUAUAUAUAUAUAUAUAUAUCGUUUUUUACUGUUCUUUUUCCGAUGUUAAUCGAGCUGUUAAGUUUAGAUUUGGAGAUCAUCCAGGUUUUUGGAUUAAUUGAAAUGUACGGACUUUGAAUUCAUAGGGAUUUACGUAUCGUUAUAGUAGUUAAACGCGAAGAUCGAAUUUAGGAAUGGGCCGGGGUGGUUCAUUUUCAUUUAAUA